ACCGUAAUCGAUAGCCGUGCCAGUUCGAGUGUGGCGUGUGCCAUGUCGACAACGGCACGGCUGCGACUCAACCGCGAUUACCAGUAGCUACCGACACAGUUAAGCGAUAAUAUCACGGACCGGUAAAAUUAAAGAACAGUUGUAUAUUUUUGUCUGUUUUACUGUUAGAUAUUAUAUUGUAUAGAAGUGAUAAAAUACGGUUUUUUUAAGAAAAAACAUUUGAUGAACUAACCGCCGAUUUUUCUGAGGAAAUAAUUAUUAUUAUUAUUGUAAUAAUUCGUGCACUACGUAUACAGAGCGAAAGGAAAAUCGAUCGUUGAACAUGGCGCCAAACAUGAUAAGGCCCAACCAAAUGUUGAUCUUCAGUCCUAUGUGCUACGUGGAACACCGCCGGGACGGAGGCAGGUGCGGCAUCAGCAGUGGCAACAACAGUGAUUGCAGCAGCGACAUGGAUAUGCCCCUAAAACCGGCAAAAAGGACCUACGUGAAAAACAUAUCUCCAGAAGAGAAAAUAUUGCGCAAAAAACUACGCAAUAGAGAAGCUGCACAGUUAUCAAGGGACAAGAAAAAAGCACAAUUUAACAUUUUAUCAGGCAUGGUCCACGGAUUGAGGAAAGAGAAUUUACAAUUAAAAAAUGAAGUGGAGGCGUUACGCUAUGACCAAGAGCAACUAAUGGCAGAAAAUGAAAGGCUACGAGAACAGCUAGCUGAGUCGUCAAGAUUAGAGGCAGUAGCUACAGAACCGUGUACACCAGUAGUAAACGAUAGGAUAUCGAUUGAAGGACCUGCAGUGUCCGAUAGACACCCUCUGCAGAAGGGAAAACGGAAUCGAAUGUCCUAUACGAUGCUCUGUUGUCAGAUUCUGUACCUAUUGAUGACUGUUCAAUCUUCGGUGACCUACAGUUGCCAGACGAUGUUAGCAUGGACUGGCUUGACACUAAAGUUUCAGAACGUUUGGAAAAAAUUGCAGACGAACUACUUGUCGAACAGAGUUUUCUCAAUGACACUAAUUUUGAUGAAAUGGUGGGGAGCACACCAGAGAUCAUGGAAUCCAGCCAAGAUAUUGGCAUACAUGAUGACAUAAAUAUAAAAGAUGACUCAUUACUGAUAUCAAAUACAGACACAGACAACAUUUUGAUUCCUAACGAUGAUGCACAAGCACUAAAACCUGAUAUUCAAAUUAAAACUGAAGAUGAAUCGGAAGAAGAAAACAAUAUGUUGGAACGUUUUAUAAUUGUAGAAGAUGCUGUCGAAGAAGUAAGUACUAGCUAUGAUGAACACAUUGUUGAAAUUUGCCAAGACAGUGAUAGUGUGGAAAUGGAACUAUAUGAAGAUUGUGGUUAUGAAUCACUUAGUUCACCAGAAUAUGAAUUCAAAUACAAUAUACAGUAUACAAUAAAUGGCGUACUACCCGACCAUCUCACCUAAGUUAACUUAUUAUUUAACUGUUGAAUAUUUGCACUCUUUUAAAAUGAUUUAAGUACUUAUUAUUUUUUAUAAGAAUUAAUAUGAUAAGCUGUGCAACACAGAAUCUUGAUUAUUAAUUUAAGUACAAUUAUAUAUUUAAUAAGUUUCUAAUUAUUUAUUGCUAAUUUUUUGUUAUAUUAAAUUUUGUGUUUGUGUCUUGUGUAUCUAUAAUAAAUGUU